AGGAUGGUAAACGUGUGAUGGAGUGUCUGAAGAAAAGCCUGAGGAUAGCCAACCAGUGCAUGGACAGCUCUGUACAAGUGCAGCUCUUUGUGGAGAUCCUCAACCAUUACAUAUAUAUGUAUGAAAAAGGAAAUGACCAGAUGACAGUCCAGGUGCUAAAUCAACUAAUCGGAAAGAUCCGUGAAGACUUGCCAAACUUAGAAUCCAAUGAAGAGACUGAGCAGAUUAAUAAGCAUUUCCAGAACACCAUUGAGCAUUUAAGACUGAGACAGGAGUCACCAGAGAAUGAUGGACCUACUUAUGAAGGUCUCAUUCUUUGAUGUUUCUACAAUCUCAUUAAUGGGAAGUGGACUUUUGAUGUUCUGUGUUCUGGAAAUUUCACACAAAAAAAUCCUCCAAUUAAGUGCAUCAAGAAGUGUUGUUAGCGUAAUCUGUCAGGAUGAUUACUUUGGUGUUAGUUGGAUAUUGUACAUUUUACGUCGGUUCUGUAUGCCAUAUUAAGUGAAAUGUUCAUACAAGGAUUAUCCCAGGAUUUAAAAGGGUCUUGAAGAAAUAUGUACCAUCAUUGGCCCUUUACCAUGACAUUGAGCUCUUCUGGUCCCAGGAAGUUGACUUACUGGGCUGUGGUCUUGUAUUUGUUUUCAUAUAUUGGCACUUAAUGGCAAUGCUGCCUCUGAUCAAUGUACCUACCUGAAUCAUGCAAUGAUGUAUGAAGAUAGAGUAUUGAAUGGUGAGCCUUUUUGGGGAACUUGUUGCUGAAAGGGAUUCAGUUUAAACAUCACACUGUAUGUGAUGGAUAGCUCAGUAGACAUAAGGAGAUAGGGCCAAUUUCUCUUGUCAUUGUUCAUGUGUCGCUUUCUUAAACUUGGUUUUACUGGGGGUAAACCACAGUACCUUUAAUCCCCAUAGAUUGGGAAUUAGCCUAGAAUGCAGAUAGGAUUACAAGUCACCAGGAGUUCAACUACAUCUGUAAGAAAUUACAUUUAUUUAAAACUAUUAUGUCAUAUAUGUACUGCAUGCUGCUAAGUGCAAAUUGUUUUGUAAGAGCAAAAGUGAAAAUGAUUAAAAAGUUUAAAAAUGAAUAAGAAAAAAAUAAAAAUGAAAUAUUUAAGUGUAA